ACUUUGAAAGAAAAAAAUGCUAAAUGAAAUAAUGUUUCCGCAUCCGUGAUCCAGAACGUUUGGAUUUUUUUUGGGUAUCAGGUGUUGAGAUGGAGAUUAUAUUGUCAUGUUAAUCAUAUUAUUUUAGUAUAGUUAAUAUAUCUUGAGAUAGUGACGUUUUCUUGGAAAAAAUUGAUCUUCCAAGAAAAGAUGAUCAAUUAGUUUCUUUGAGGGAACUGUGUUUCGUAUGAAACAUGCUUAUUAUCUAAUUGAUGAAAUGGUGAUGUUUUCUUUAGAAAGCAUUGUUGUUUCUUUUGAAAGGUGGUUGUUUCUUAUAUGAAAAUGGCGUUUCAUGUGAAUUGUAAGACAUGUUUGUGAUCUCAUUGUGGAUAUUGGUUGUGUUUUCUUGAAAGACACAAUGUGAAUAUAUACUUAGUAGAGCAUGCAAAUUAUCAAAUAGUAUGCUUGUGAUCAUGCUAAUAAGAUUGUUAGUUAUAUGGUCAUUAGUGAACUAGACUCUUAAUGAUUUAUCUUCGGUCACUCACAACCCUUAGUUUACUUUAUUAAGUUUUUGACCACGUUUUGGUGGUGAUUGUUAUUUAGUUACAUAGUGGCCACAAAAUUGUUCAAUCUGAGAGUCAUUUAUAAAAUAAUAAAACACAAUCAAUAUCAUCCAAGUGGGAGACUGGUAUAAUUUUGUCGGUAUGAGUUUCUAUUAAUUAUAGAUUUUGAUUCAAUAAAGCAGUUUAAAUUGAUAACUUGAUACUUUUUCUAAAAGCCCAUGAAAUGAUUUGAUUUAUUGUGGGUUUGAGAAUCACCAUGUACAUAUUUAUAUUUAUUAGGUCUAAGCUCAAUUGGUAAGUGUGUUGGAUUAUGAUGUCGGGUCAAGUAAGUGAUCUAGGGCCAUAUGGAUGAAAACUAGAGUUACAAUUAUAUUAUAUUAAUGGUUAAGAUCACCUCAUUUAUCUUGAACUCUAGUUGCACAUUCUUCCCAUCAAGGGAUAAGUUACAUAGGAGAAGAAGAAGAAGAGUAGAAUAUCUUGAUCCUAUAUAUAAUAUAAUAACAACUUUAGUGUCCAUCCAUCAUGUGUCUCGGUCACUUACUUAACCUUACAUCAUAAUUCAGCACACUUACCAAUUAAGUUUAAGUCUAAUAAAUAUAAAUUUGCACAUAGUGAUUCCCAAACUCAUAAUUGAUCAAAUAAUUUCAUGUGCUUCCAGAGGAAAUAUCAAGUUAUUCAUUCAAACUAUUUUAUUAAAUAAAAAUUUACAAUCAAUAGAAGACCAAACCCAUAAAAUUAUAACAUCUACAUGAGCGAUAUUGUUUGAGUUUACUAUUUUAAAAACCGUUAUGAAAUCGACUCUCAUUUCAUUUAAUUUCAUUAAUUGACGUGGCAUAUCUUUGAAAUCUGAUUGGUUGACGGUGUAAAAAAACUUUACACCGUCGGUGCAUCAAACUUUUUCUCAAGUGUAGUAUUAUAAAGUUUUUUGGAUUUGUGCUCCUAAUCUAUGGACUUUGAGAAAAAAUAGAGCUAGUUUAGAGUUUUAACGGUCAAAAAAUAGUUUAUAAAUAAGGAAAAAUUUAUUAUGGUCAUCUAAAAACUUGUGUAAAGUUACACCAAACCAUUUUGACCUACUAUAAUAGGUUUUUAAAAAAAAAUCCAAAAAUCAUAUUUUCUUAACCAAACAUUUAUCCUUAAUGUGUACAAAAAAAAAACACUUAUUCUUAAUCUUAUCAUCUUCAUCACUCAUCUUCUUCACAUAAUUUUCUUCAACCCAUAUUUCAGAACCUCACCCCAGAUCUGAAACUCAACCCCAAAUCUUUUCCAUCUUCCUCCCCUCCUCAUCACACAGGAAUAUUGAAGAAUGAAACAAAAAAAUGAGUUUUCAGAUCUGGGUAUGGUGAUGGUGGUGCACCGCCGGCCACCACUCCUCUCCUCCGUUCAAAAUCACGGACCACCAUCACCAUCCUCAACCAAUUCCAGAGCCGUUUCUUCGAACUCCACCGCACCACACUUCAACCUAGCAAGAUCGAACCAGAUCUGGGAAUUCUUCUUCAGAUCUAGAGCUUGUGGCGGCGCGAGAGAGGAGCAGCGGAUCGGAACUCGUGAUCUGCCUCCUUCACCGUCCCGAACCCCCACCACAGAUCGACCCAUCUACCACCUUCGCGAAACUUCCAUGUCUCGUUGACAACCUCCUCAUGAUCAGGGAGAGAGAGAGAGGAGUUGGUGGUGCGUGAUUCUGGGUGAGGAAAGGAGAUGGCGCGGGUUCAGGGAAGAGAAGGAGAUGGUGGCGGCGGCGUAGCCAUGGGAGAGGAGGAGGAGGUGACGACUAUAGCAGAAGAGGAGAAACUCAAAGCCAUGUUUCUGGAUUUUUUGCAUUUGAAAUUUUCUGGAGUUGAAGUUGAAGUUGUGGAUCUGGGUUCUCGGUUUCGGUUGCAGGUGGGGAUGGAUUGCUGGGGUUAGAUCUGGGUUUUUUGCUUCGUGGGUUGAUGAGAAAGAGAUCUCCUUACUCUUGAAUUGCAGUUUUCUAUCUCUAACCGGUUCUAAUUUUGAUCAAGUGAGGCGUACAGAUUCAAACUUCAUGGAUAUACGAUGAUGAUUGCUUUUAAUUGCUAAUAUUGUCUUUUCGGUUGCAUCCCAUGAGCGAGCGAGAGAGAGAGAGAGAGAGAGAGAGGGAGAGGGAGCGUGACGGUGAAUCGCGAGAGAGAAAGGAGCAGGAGAAGCGAUGGUUUUUCGGCGGUAUCGCAGUCCGAGGAGGUUCUUUCUUUUCGGUGGUGAAAAAGGUCCAAGACAAACCAACCUUCCACAACACCAAGGCGUGUCUCUGUUCUGUGGAUUCUGAGUGCUGCAUGCAAGAAACGGAAACAAGAUAGACAGAGCUACGUUUCCUCAAUCAUCAGAGAUAGAUGCCACAAGGCAACAAUCUGAAGAGCUUUGAUGUGAGCCAUAACAACUUCUAAGGCAGAUUUCCCAAGAGGCAUGAGUUUGAAGGUCCCUGCAGGGUUUGGUUACCUGACCAAUCUUCAAUCCGUGCAUACACUUACUGAUUGAGUAGUUGGCUAUAAAUUUUUAAUUUAUGUCUACGAAGGAUGUCAUCCUAGAUGAAGUGACUUUAGCAAGGGAGAAGAAAUCAAGGAGCAAACCAUGAAGAGACUUUGGCCAAGAAGAUGAAAGUUGAACAUAUACGUGGGGCUCAAGUUUUAUCCUUGGGACAUUAAUCAAUAUAUUUUUUAGUGCAGGUACAUACAGAACUGGAUAAUCAAAGGAUCCAAUUUGAUGGGGGUUAGGCCUGCUGAAAUACUUUUGGGGAGAGACACGAGGGUUUUGUAGUGUGAUUGGAUCAGGUGUUGAAAACAUGAAAUUUAAAUUGGGCAGAACAGGAGCUUGAAUUAUGGGUUUUGGACAUUCUUCUACUUUGUUGUUUAUCCGUAGUUCUUGCCUUGAACAUUAAGAUAGGGUAUAGUACCUAUAGUAGAGAUAUUGCAAUAAGAGAGAAUCUAGAGAGAGAGAGAAUAACAGCUCAAGAGAGAGAAAAUAACUGAAUCUCAAGUGUGUAUUGAUCAAAUGAGCCAAGAGUCCCUUACAAAUGGUAACCGCUCCCUAUUUAUAGUAGGAGAGCUAGACCUAGUGUAUCAUAACUGCCAUAGCUGGGCCGGUUGGGCCUCGCGGGAGGAGGCCUAAUUCUCAGGCUAGGCGACCGCCACUUGGCGAGUAACCGCUGGGCGUAGGCCCCUAGGGGCUCGCCCAGUCCACAAGACACCGAGCACGAAGCAUGAGGGCUAAGUGUGUCUUUAAAGAUCAAAAUGACUAACUAAAUCGCUAGUGCAAAAAUAUUUAAAUCGCUGACAUGGCGUUAGAAACAGUAAAAUUUCACAAGCCCACAAGUCCACGAGCGACGGUCAAGGGGUGUUUGGUUGCCUAUGCAUGAAGGGCGAUCAUGGUGAGUUUGGUCGCCUAGUUCUUUGACACGUCAACGAAGUUGAAAGGUCAGCGUAUCUUUGAAAUCACAACUGCUAUCUUCGAAACGUCACCUCACGUCACGAUGUCACGAUGUCAUGACGCUCGAGCCAACCACAACCCCUUGCAAUAACUGCAUGUUGCCUGCCACUCUCUUUCCCCGUCAUGGGGCACACUCCCCCAUUAAUCGUUGCAGCUUUCCACAUGUCCUUUCUCAUUCCCCCUUUAAACCUAUAAAAUUCUCGUUUCUCCAACCCUUGGCUCCUUUCACAAACCUCUCACAAACUUUCUCUCCAUUUAUCUCCGGUUAAACCUUUAUUCCUCAAACGUCCUCGACGAACUCACUGUUCCAAUACUUCAGCAUCUCACUCUUCUUCUUCCACCUUUCGCUUGUUUCCCCGGUGAGUUUACCUGCUCUCACUUUUUUCCUUUACUUGCUCUUGUGACUGUCAUUCUUCUCGCCAUGUCACCCAAACAACAAUCCGAUGCCCCUUCCCAUGAAACCAUCUGACACACCUCGUCAGCCUCUUCUUCUCAACGCGAGUUGAAGCCUGAAAUGUCGGAUGGGACCCCUCCUUUCGAAGGGAACCCCUCCUUGACCUUGAGGAUAUUACGGCCUUCCGGCUCCAGACCUUUAGAUCCCUUCAACUCUCAGUUCAGACUGCUCCUCCUCAAGAUGCAAUUGACUAAACCUCUAACUAUGACUCCUACAACCCCAUUGCCAUCUUAGAGGGCAAAACUAGGGGUAUCUUUCAUGAAAAAUCCUUUGCGAAUGUCCUUCGGGCUGGCGGUUGUACAGAUGAUGACCGCCCGUGGGUGCACCGUGCAGAUGGGGACAUCAAGAAGUCCCACUUCUUUUAUGUUUACAAGUACCUAUUUUCAGAGCUUAGGGUGAUACUCCCCUUUUCACCCUUCCUCUGCCGGAUGUUGAGUGAGAUCAACGCCGCUCCUUGCCAGAUGCAUCCCAACGCCUGAGCCUUCAUAAGGUGUUUUGAGCAGUGUUGUUAAAUAGCGGCUAUAGCGGCCACGACGCGCUAUAGCAUAGCGGGAAAUAGCACCACCGCAAUCGUUAUGCCGCUACAUAGCGGCCAUCGCGAUAAUCGUGAUCGCGGCCGCGAACGCCAUAGCGGCGUUAUUCCAGAAUCGAAAAUAUCGGAUUUAAUGGAUUUUAAACGUUUUUUUGGCUACUUUUUAGGGUUUUAUAUGCGGAAUAUCUCUACUAAUGGGCCUCCCAUUAAUUACCCUAAUAACUACUUCUCUAUACUAACGCUUCAACGUGAGAGGAUUGACAGACAUUCCAAAUUCUCCUCCUCUCCUCUCCUUCGAAUUCUUUCUAGUUCUCAGAGACCUGGACUUCACUAGACUACAACACAGUAGCAAGCAAACCCUCUCAGAGUUUCUUCUUUCUGGUGAGUAGACCAUACUCUGUUUUCCGCAUCCUCUGUUUUUUGUUGAAAACUUAUACUCUGUUUUUCAAUGUUUCUUCUUCCUUUACUCUUAAAAUUAUAAUAUCUUCCUGUUUCACAGUUUUCUUCUCUAUUACUAUUUUUUUAACAGUCAUCUUCUCUUUUUCUUUUAUUUUUUUCAAAACUCAUGCUCUGUUUUUCAAUGUUUCUUCUUCCUUUACUCGUAAACUUAUAAUAUCUUCCUGUUUCACGGUUUUCUUCUCUGUUACUAUUUUUUUUAACAGUCAUCUUCUCUUUUUCUUUUAUUUUUGUUCAAAACUCAUGCUCAGUUUUUCAAUGUUUCUUCUUCCUUUUCUCAGAACUUAUAAUAUCUUCUUGUUUAACGGUUUUCUAAUCAACUCUUUUUUUUUUCUAACAGUCUGUGUCAUCUUCUCUUUUUCUUUUCUAUAAUUUUUCUUCCUCCAAUUCUUCUUUUGUUCCUGUAUUCCUAUCUCUUACGUGUACUGUUUUAUUUUGAAAACUCAGAAACCAUGGCAACACAAGGUUCCAAUUCAACCCCAGUUCUUGCAGCACCUCAAAGGUCUGACACUGGCUGGAAAUUUUGUAAGCCAUAUGAUGCGAACGAUACCAGUCGCUGUAUUUGCAAUUUCUGUGGUAAAAUGACGAAGGGUGGAAUUACAAGAAUGAAGGAGCUUUGAGGUCCGAAAGAGGUUCGAGAUGAAUUGUGGGGAAUCUUUCAUGACAUGCUUGCGGCUGUUGGAAGCUUCAGACCUCAUUUAAAAGCACUUUCAUAUCAUGGCAUAAGGGUUCCACUUCUUACAAAGGAGGUGGACUACACUGAGAAUUUGUUGAAGGGCCAGAAGGAGCAAUGUAAAAGAUUUGGUUGCUCUAUUAUGUCCGAUGCAUGGACUGAUAGAAAACAAAGAUCAAUUAUUAACUUUAUGGUGAAUUGUUCAGCUGGAACAAUGUUUCUAAAAUCGGUUGAUGCCUCUGAUUAUGUGAAAACUGGUGAGAAACUAUUUGAGCUGCUUGACUCCAUAAUUGAUGAGAUUGGGGAAGAGAAUGUAGUUCAGGUUAUAACCGACAAUGGCAGCAACUACGUGAGUGCGGGAAAGAUGCUAGAACAAAAAAGACCCAACUUAUAUUGGACACCAUGUGUAGCUCACUGCAUAGAUUUAAUGUUGGAAGACAUUGGAAAGAUUCCUCUCAUAAAGAAAACAAUUCAAAGAGCCAUAUCUCUUGUUGGUUUCAUCUACGGUCACACUAGUACAUUGAGCUUGUUGAGGUACUAUACCAAUAAAAGAGAAUUGGUAAGGUUUGCUGUUACAAGAUUUGAAACAUCAUAUCUUACAUUGAAAAGAUUGCGUAAGGAGAAGGGGAAAUUGAGGGAGAUGUUUGUGUCACACACUUGGACAAAUAACAAGCUGUCCAACGAGCCAAAAGGCAAGCAAGCCGCAAAAACCGUUUUGAUGAACUCUUUCUGGAACAGUGUGUGUUUUAUAUUAAAGGUAAUUUUGCUGUUUUUGUUUUUCUAUUUUUUUUCACAUUUUACUGUUUCUGUUUUUCUAUUUUUUUCAAAUCUGAAACUAUUUUUCCCUCUUUUAUUUUCCAUACACUCAAGGUCAUGGGUCCAUUGGUACGUGUACUACGCUUAGCGGACAAUGAGAAGAAACCCGCUAUGGAUUAUAUCUAUGAGGCUAUGGAUAAGGCCAAAUAAGCAAUCAGAGCUUCCCUUCGUGAUGAAAAAAGCAAAUAUGAAAAAAUCUGGGAAAUCAUAGACAAUAGGUGGAAUAGCCAACUACAUCGCCUAUUGCAUGCUGCUGGCCACUUCCUGAACCCAGAGUACUACUACAAUGAUUCAGAAUUGGACUAUGAUUUUGAGGUGCAGAAAGGAGUCUAUGAUUGUGUAGAAAGGUUGUCACCUACUGAUGAUCUAAGGAAGAAGAUACUCACCGAGCUACCAAUUUACA